UUUUUUUUUUAAAUUAUGUUUUUAAGUAUCUUUUUAAAUCAUGCAUUGAAUGAAAAGUGACCGUUUUCGGUUUUUGUAUUUAUAACACAGUACUAGAUUUACCGCUUUUGAGUAGGUGACAUUUCAAGUUUAAGAAUUUAUACUUAUUAUUAUUGUUUUGUUUUUUUUAAUUGUGUGAAUCAAUUUGGACAUAAAGAUUGUUCCCGAGAAGUAUGAAAUAAUUCUGUUGGCCGGUUUUAAUAUUAUCUUUAAAACAUCGCAAUCCGGGACCAUCGGGAGUCGGGAGUCGACAGUACUAGAUUUACCGCCUCCCCACCGUGGCCGAUUUCCUUCGGGGAUUUUUAUUUAGAAUUGGAAAACCCCCAUGUAUUUUUAUCAUCAUGGGUCACAUAGAGCGCCGCGUGGAAGUGACAGCAAUGUGUACGUAAUGUAGAAGAUGCUGACCCUCCAGAUAACUCCUCCCAACAGUCUGUCGUCCCAGACUCCUGCUGGCACCCCAGAAUUUGUGGAGUUAGAUCCAAAGUAUGUGUGUAUCCUGUGUAACAAUGUCCUUCACGAUGCCGUACAGACUCCCUGUGGGCACCGGCUGUGUCAGCUCUGUGCUGAUGGCUUCCUGAAAGACUCGGAGUCCAAACAGUGCCCUUACCAGGAGGAAAUGUGCGAGAUCCUCAGGCCAGAGCAGAUUAUUCGUGACGCCAGUGCGCGGAGGGACAUCCGCCAGUUACCAGUUUAUUGUACCAACAAAUCCAGGGGCUGUCAGAAAACUGUCAAGUGGAAAGACCUAGAGAAGCACAUACUAGAAUGUUUGUAUGAGCCUGUUCUCUGUCCGUAUAAAGACUCGGGCUGUCAGGAACUCAUCCCUAGAGGCAGUCUCCCUGAACAUCAGCAGACCUGUGUUUAUACCCCUACCCUGUGCCAGAAUUGUGGACAAACCAUUCCCAAAUUAUUAAUAACGGCACAUGAAAAAGAAAGCUGUCAGAAAAUCCCUGUUAGCUGUGAAUAUGGCUGUGGUGUUGAACCGGUCCCCAGAAAGGAGAUGUCACAACAUCAGGAAAGCUGCCCCAAAAGACCCCAGGCCUGUAAAUAUGCUUCUGUGGGCUGCACCUUUCAGGGUGUUGUGGAGGACAUGGAUGAACAUGAGAAACAGAACACAGAAGGACAUUUACAGCAGCUCACACUGAAACUGGCCAACCUAGACCUGUACAGCAUAGACAUCCGCAGGGAGAAGCAGGAAAUGGAAAAUUACAGACAAACUACUAGACAGCAAGUGAGUGAAGUCCGAGAAGAGAUCGAGGAGAUCAAAAGGCUAGCUGAUGACAUCAAGAGCCGUUAUCGGAAAAGGAAGCUUGAUAUGGUGGAGUUAACGGAACGGAUAAUCCGUGUGGAGAAGAUUAUGGAGGAAUGUGUUCAUCCCGAGAUGUACAAGCGGACAGUCAGUGAUGUGAACAUUCUGAGGGAGAAUAUCCGUAGUCUGAAGGACCGCACGGAACAGCAGGUGGCAAAGCAAGAGGCAGAACAGGUCGCCCCCAUCACUCAGUCCUCAUCAGAUCCACAUACAGAUACACAUAACCAGUCCCGACAACUCGGUCUUCAGGACGCCAGGCUGGCUGAACUGGAUCUACGAUUUCAGAUUUUAGAGACCAUCAAUUAUGAAGGUGUAUUAUUGUGGAAAAUAAUGAACUACCGACGACGGAAACAGGAAGCUAUCUCGGGGAAGACACUCUCUCUGUACAGCUCACCGUUCUUCACCAGUCGCUACGGAUACAAAAUGUGUGCGAGAGUUUAUCUUAAUGGCGAUGGAAUGGGAAAGGGAACACAUUUUUCUAUAUUUUUCGUGGUUAUGCAGGGGGAGUAUGAUGCUCUCCUGCAAUGGCCAUUUCGGCAGAAAGUGACGUUCAUGAUUCUGGAUCAGAGUGGAAGCAAACGACAUUUGUCAGAUUCAUUCAAACCUGACCCCAACAGCUCGAGUUUUAAGAGACCGUUAGCGGAGAUGAACAUUGCCUCGGGUUGUCCGCUGUUUGUCAGUCACUCUAUAUUAGAGUCCUCUACUAAUUAUAUCAGGGACGAUGCUUUGUUUGUUAAAAUUAAUGUGGACACUAAUGGACUUGUACCUAUUUAAUCCAUCAACAUUUAAAAAACAUCCAAAUAACAAACAAAUUUAAAACAUCCCAAUGACAUAAAAAAUCCAAAUAACAAUUAAAAAACUUCAGCUAACAAAUAAAAAACAUCCAAUAUUUAAUAUAUGUCACUGAAAUUUUGCAGAACAGUUAUUUAAAGCUUUAUGACCUAUCAUUUUUCUUCCAAAACAUGAAAAAUUACAUCAAUGCAGCUGAACGACUUGAAAAGUGAUCCGCUUUCUCUAAAUGAUUUACAUACCUGAUAACAUGUUCAUUUAAAAGAAAACAAUAGAGAUUAUUUAUAAAUACAGUGAGCUAACACUCUAAACAAGCUUGUUGAUGAUGUUGGGAACUACAUCGAUGUAAAUGAAUUGUGAAGCAUAGUCAAGAAAAUGAAGAUGCUGCACCCAAAUUUGUUGAUUUAUUUAGCCUCAAAUAAAUUGUUUUAUGCAAGUUUACGCAGUCUAAAGCAUACCUACGGAACAUGUGUGUUUUUACUUCAGUAUUCAUGUUCGUUAAAAUUUAACACAAGGAAGAAUUGUUUUAGCACACAAAAACUGAUGUCUCCCCUUCCAUUUUCCAUAGUUUUUAAAACAUUUUAUAAGGAUUAUCUUUAAAGUGCAAAAUUAAGAGUUACGGUACAUAACAGUCACCUAUUUGUAAAUGUGCUUCAACCAAGGAACAGUGUUGUGAACAUACGAUAGUAAAUUAAACUUUAACAUACAUGCAGCAAAUAUCAUAGGCUUAUAUCAAAAAACAAAUAACAUAUGGUCCACUCAAAAAAAUGCCCCCCAAUUCUAUUAUUUGACCAUUACAUAAAAAGUCAAGGUCAUUAAAAAUGACACAUGACAGUCUUAUCAUGGUAUACCCACAUACUAAAUAUCAAAAGUCAAUGUCAAAGGACAAAAAGUUAUAAUCCGGACCAAAAAAAAAUGCCCCAAAAAUUCAAUUAUUUGACCUUUAUAAAAAGGUCAAAGGUCAUCAAAAAUGGUAUGCGAUAUGCUGCUUUAUCAUGGUAUACCCACAUACCAAAUAUCAAGGGCCUAUGUCAAAAGAUAUAAAAGUUAUGGCCUGGACAAACUUUGUAUGAGAAGUGGUUCUGAAGAAAAAAAAUCCACACUAAAACAAUAUGUCCCCCUAAUUUGGGACGGGGCGACAUAAUAAUCAUAUGAAUAUGUAUUAAAAAUAGCUGCACAAGUGACAUGUACAGUUGUAUGUAUACUAAACACAGAUUUAAACACCAAAUACUACUGUUUAAAACAGUUGUAAUUAUACAAGGUAUGUUGGAUAUAAUCGUUAAAAAAUUCAUAAACUCAUGUGCAAGUGACAAUUUAAAGGAAAUGAAAAUAACUUGUGUGUAAAUCAUUUUACAUGCAGGUUGAUGUAGAUUCAUAUCAUGUAUACUUUAAAAUGUUUCUUUACUCAACUUACAAGAUAUUUAUCAAGGUUUUACCACUAGUGAAAAGAUUAUGAUGAUAAGCCCACAUUAUAUCAGCAUGCAUCUUGAGUAGGUAUAUUGAAGCUGCUGCCAUUUUAUCAGAUCUUUUAUCUUCAAUGGUCAUGUCAGGAUGUCGAGCUUAAAGCUUUGUGCCACAAACUGGGUCAAGGAUUUAAUGCUGUAUAAGUGGAAUUCUUAGCGAGACACAAAUUUAGCGAUUUCUCUAUAAAAAUGGGUACAUGUAUAUAUAUUUAGCGAGAGCUAAUUUUAGCGACUUUAUAAUUCUAGGAAAGAUAACUAUUUCCUCCGAUAUAUGAAAUAAAUUGUUAGCAAUAUUCUAUUUUAUUAAUCUCAUCACUCUCGCUAAUAAUGCCAAAAUUAAAUCCUCGCUAAAAAUUCUGCUGAUAUGGUAGAUUUUCCAUACAUGACUCGAUGAACGCAAUUUAUUUCUCAGUCACUGUAAGUCUGUGGUUUUAGAUUUCUUUUCUAUAGGUUGACCUCAUCCAACUCAGUUUGUAAACUAUCUAUAGGUAAUAGAUCUUGAUUGAUUGUCUGCAACUGAAUAUCGUAAUACAGCGUAAAAGUAUUUGUACUCGAUAUACAUGAGCACUUAUAAAUUAAACAACUAUUGGACUGAC